AUGGGAAGAGCACCAUGUUGUGAGAAGAUGGGAAUGAAGAGAGGACCAUGGACUCCUGAAGAAGAUCAAAUCUUGAUCAAUUAUAUUCAUCUUUAUGGUCAUUCUAAUUGGCGAGCUCUUCCCAAACACGCAGGUUUACUUAGAUGUGGAAAAAGUUGUAGACUUCGUUGGAUCAAUUAUCUGAGACCAGACAUCAAACGUGGCAAUUUCACUCCUCAAGAAGAACAAACUAUCAUCAAUCUACAUGAAUCUUUAGGCAACAGAAAAACUAAACAGUCUUCACAGUAUUACUACUAG